UCUACCGGUAAGAUAUUGAAAUGAGCACUGUACAAUCUCAGAUCUAUGUAUGACCUCCCUGCCUCAUAGUUAGUCUGUGUAUAUUUUGCCUAUUGAAGUGAGGACUAUGUCUGUGUUUUCCAGGUGUGUGAUAUGUAUGAGGCAGUACCCUGUCGUGAGCUAGGGAUGGUGCUCAGGUAUCUCAGCGGCCGUGUCUUUGUCCUGAAACUGUUGCCAGGUAGCCAGGCUCAGGUGGACAAGUGUGUACAUCCAGGUGACAUCAUUGAUGAGAUCAACGGAAUCUCCUUACGGAAUGCCUGCAAUGGACAGGCAGGUGUGGUCCUCUCCAGGCUUAAGGGGCGUCCCCUGUCCCUGCGUGUGUUACGGUGGUGUGUGCAGGACGGGGGUGUAUAUCGCCCCAUCAUCAAACUCCUAAGAGCUCUUAGAGAAGAGAACCCCUCCCUGCAGCUAGGCCCCUCCCCUUCCUCCCAAGAACCCACCAAUCAGGGCCAGAGGCCCACACCCUCUCAGUGCCUCAAAGAGGGAAGGCAAUAUGGAGGCAAGGAGGUGCUUCAACAUGGAAUCCCCCUGGUCUUACAGCAAAACCAGCCCCGCAUGGAAGUACUUUUAGACCUUAAGGAAACCCACUUGAUCUGCACUGAGAAAUCCAAUAUGACAGAGUUGUUCCAGCAUCAUUACCCAGAGAUCUCAUGUGUAGGGCGGUUUGGCCAGCCGGACUAUACCGUCUUUGCCUUCUGCGUAGUAGACUCCCCAGAAACUCCUCAGUCAACAGGAUUCUACUGUGUGGUGCUUAGAGCCAGCGCAGUCAAAGAAUGUGAGGAGAUAGUCAACCGCAUCGCUACCGGUUUCAAGCACACGGAGUGGUUCGUAUGAAAAGAAACCCCUUGACAACUGGAUAUGUGCCAAACAUCAAAAUGUUGUGGUAAUUGA